UAAUGUCUCUUCUCCGAGUUCUCCUUGUCUUUAUCCCCAUCGAGAUAGUAGGUGGUUUUGUAGUCCAUUCAGAGUUCCGCUGUCUGUUUAACUCCACUGAGCUGAAGGACAUCCAGUACAUCUACUCCUACAUUUACAACAAGGUGGAGUUUCUCAGAUUUGACAGCAAUGUUGGGCUUUAUGUUGGAUACACCCAGUUUGGUCUGAGACAGGCUGACAACUUAAAUAGCCAACCUGAAGUUCUGAGGGUGAAGCGUGCUCAGAAGGAGCUGUUCUGUCAGCAUAAUGCUGGGGUCUGGUACAGAAAUAUCUUAAAUAAAUCAGGUGAGCCGUCUGUGACCCUGAGGGCCAUGAAGCUGCCUGCUGGCGGCCAUCCUGCCCUGCUGACCUGCGGCGUCUAUGGCUUCUACCCCAAACCUAUAAGAGUGAGCUGGCUCAGAGACGGACAGGAGGUCACCGCUGAUGUCACUUCCACAGAGGAGCAUUCUGAUGGGGGAUGGCUCUAUCAGGUCCACUCUAAAAUGGAGUACACACCCAGGUCUGGAGAGAAGAUCUCCUGUAGGGUGGAACACGCCAGCCUGAAGGAACCUCUGAUCAAAGACUGGGAUCCGUCCAUGCCAGAGUCAGAGAGGAACCAGGUGGCCAUCGGAGCUUCAGGACUGAUCCUGGGUCUGGUUCUGUCUCUGGCUGGAUUCAUCUACUACAAGAGGAAGGCCAGAGAUCUGCUCCCUGUUCCGACCUUUGAACCCAGAACCGGUCUGAACAUGCGCUGAAGGUUGGUUCUGAUCUCUAGAACUACAGUUCCUCUGUCUGAACCGUGGAUCAGCUUCUCCAUCCUGAUGGUCCCAUCAUGUGAUGCCAUCUGCUGGUCAUAUCACAGCUUGGUUCUUUUUUUUCUGGACCUCUGAAUCUCAUCAUGUCUCAUUAACUUUGUCGUCCACCAUGAAGGAAGGAGGUGUUUAAAGUGAAGGUAGAUGUUGCUAUGGGGAUAAAGCUCGAUGAUGAACCUGACUUACGAAGGAGAAGUCCAUCUGAUUGUCUAUGGAGGUGCGACUGGAACAAUAAUCCCAUGUUUCUGAUGUUUCUGUGUAAUCUGGGUUCAUUGCUUUGCUUUCUAUCAGUGUUUCACAAUAAAUGAAGGUUCUGCUCAAA